CGCGGGGCGGUGGGGGGUAUUUUGUCCUCCUGCCGCCGCCGUCCGGGCUCUUAGUCGCCGAGUUCCAGGCCGCCGGAGCGUGGGGCUUGCGGGCGCCGGCUGGCGUUGCCGGCACCAUGGAGUCCCCUCUUAGCCCGGGCCUCUCUCACCGAGCCGAUGAGGACUGGGAUUCUACACUGUUUGCUGAACUUGGCUAUUUCACAGACACUGAUGACCUGCAAUUGGAUGCAGCAAAGGAAACUUAUGAAAACAAUUUUGAUAAUCUUGAUUUUGACUUGGAUUUGAUGCCUUGGGAAACAGGCAUUUGGGACAUCAACAACCAGCUCUGUACAGUUAAAGAUGUUAAGGCAGAACCUCAGCCACUUUCUCCAGCCUCCUCAAGUUGUUCAGUCUCCUCUCCUCAGUCAGUGGACUCUUACUCUUCAACUCAGCAUGUUCCUGAGGAGUUGGAUUUGUCGUCUGCUUCCCAGAUGUCUCCCCUUUCCUUAUAUGGUGAAAGCUCUCAUAGUCCCUCCUCAGUAGAGGCACUGAAAGAAGAUAAGCCCAUCAUUGGUCCUAGGAGCAAAACUGAAAAUGGACUGACUCCAAAGAAAAAAAUUCAGAUGAAUUCAAAACCUUCAGUUCAGCCCAAGCCAUUAUUGCUUCCAGCAGCACCCAAGACUCAGACAAAUUCUGGCGUUCCAGCGAAAACCAUCAUUAUUCAGACACUACCCACCCUUAUGCCGUUGGCAAAGCAGCAGCCGAUUAUCAGCAUACAUCCUGCACCCGCUAAAGGUCCGACCGUCAUGCUUUCUCAGCCUGCCGUUGUACAACUUCAGGCUCCUGGAGUUCUGCCCUCUUCUGCCCCAGUCCUUGCUGUCACGGGGGGAGCCACACAGCUACCUAAUCACAUGGUGAAUGUGGUACCGGCCCCUGUGGCAAACAGCCCAGUGAAUGGAAAACUCUCAGUGACUAAACCUGUUCUGCAAAGUACCAUGAGAAGCGUGGGCUCGGAUAUUGCCGUGCUAAGGAGACAGCAACGUAUGAUAAAAAAUCGAGAGUCUGCUUGUCAGUCCCGCAAGAAGAAGAAAGAAUAUAUGCUUGGCUUAGAGGCCAGGUUAAAGGCUGCGCUUUCGGAGAAUGAGAAGCUAAAGAAAGAGAAUGGAUCACUGAAGCGACAGCUGGAUGAAGUCGUGUCAGAGAACCAGAGGCUUAAAGUUCCUAAUCCGAAGCGAAGAGCUAUCUGUGUGAUGGUGGUCCUGGCAUUUAUAGUACUCAGCUAUGGACCCAUGAGCAUGUUGGAACAGGAUUCCAGGAGAAAGAAUCCUAGUGUGAAUCCUGCAAAUCAAAGGAGGCAUCUUCUAGAAUUUUCUGCUAAAGAGGUGGAAGAUACGUCAGAUGGUAUCAUCCAGAAAAACAGCUACAGAUAUGAUCAUUCUGUUUCAAAUGACAAGGCCCUCAUGGUGCUAAGUGAAGAACCAUUACUCUAUAUUCCUCCACCUCCUUGUCAGCCCCUGAUUAACACCACAGAAUCUCUCAGGUUAAAUCAUGAACUUCGAGGAUGGGUUCAUAGGCAUGAAGUGGAAAGGACCAAGUCAAGAAGAAUGACGAAUAAUCAGCAGAAAACCCGUAUUCUUCAGGGUGCUCUGGAACAAGGUUCCAAUUCUCAGCUCAUGGCUGUCCAAUACACAGAAACCACUAGUAUCGGGAACUCGGGGAGUGAGCUGCAAGUGUAUUACGCAUCACCCAGAAGUUAUCAAGACUUCUUUGAGGCCAUCCGUAGAAGGGGAGACACGUUCUAUGUUGUGUCAUUUCGAAGGGAUCACCUGCUGCUACCAGCCACGACCCACAACAAGACCUCAAGACCAAAGAUGUCAAUAGUAUUACCAGCAAUAAACAUAAAUGAGAACGUGAUCAAUGGGCAGGAUUAUGAAGUGAUGAUGCAGAUUGACUGUCAGGUGAUGGACACCCGGAUCCUCCACAUCAAGAGCUCGUCAGUUCCCCCUUAUCUCCGAGAUCAGCAGAGGAAUCAAAGCAACACCUUCUUCGGCUCCCCGCCAGCAGCCCCGGAAGCAGCCCAUGUUGUCCGCACCAUCCCGGAGUCAUUACAAUAGCCUCUGAGGCUGCGCCAGAAAACACGGUGGGACCCUGCCCCCACCGCGCUGGAGAGCAGGGGAGAGACCUGUUCCUGUCCGCCCUCUUGGUGGCAGGCCGAGAGCUGCCUUGCAGUAGGGUUCCAGGGGUAGCAAGAAAAGUUGUUUUUCACCGUCUGCCCUUCUACUGGGAAAGCACUGAUGCUCAGACACAAGGGCAGUGGCCUUUCUCCCACGGCAAAUGUUGCCUGCAUCCUCCUUGCUGCCUGGUGUCGAAUUUUUUAUGUACCUUCCUAAAUUGCUUUUCCUCCUAUAUUUCUUUUGUGUUUAAAUAGUCCUCUUUAAAAUAAGAUCUUCUUCCCUUCUCUGCCAUUUCACUUAUUGAUAGAGAUUUUUAUUUAUAGCUGUACAGCACACUGAUGUUUCCAGUAAUUAGAGUUUUUAUUAAUUUAAUGCAAAUCCAUUCUGGAUAUUGUGCUUAUUGGAAACAGAUUUCAAAACCAGAACAGCCAAAAACGUCCCCCAAAAGGGUCAAGACAGUUGAGGGCUUUAGGUAAAAGGGAGAAAUCCCAACUGGGUAAAGUUGGUCCUCGCCCGGGAAUUGUGGCUCCCGCCUGAGCCGGCGCGUGCGUAACUGUGUGGGACACCGGCGCAGGGCAGUGGGGUGGAGAGACUGUCAGGGAAGAGCAGGGUCCACGUGGGCCAAGGGAGGAGGAACCAGCUGUUAACACACGUUUCGGGUGCCUGGGUGGCUCAGUUGGUUAAGCGACUGCCUUCGGCUCAGGUCAUGAUCCUGGAGUCCCGGGAUCGAGUCCCGCAUCGGGCUCCCUGCUCGGCAGGGAGUCUGCUUCUCCCUCUGCCCUCUUCCCUCUCGAGCUCUCUGUCUCUCAUUCUCUCUCUCUCAAAUAAAUAAAUAAAAAAAAAAUCUUAAAAAAAAAAAAAAAAAAAAAAAAAACACACGUUUCAAACACUGCAGGUUUUGAUGUGACUGGAGUUAAAAUGGAAGCCACAGCAACCUUUUAUUCUGAGGCCACCGAGUGUUAGCAUAUGUGCUUAUAUGUUCUCUGUACUCGUCUGGUGCAGGUCCGCAAGGACCCUGGGACAAAUCCUUCAGCUUUACUGCGAAUCCCCACCCACGACACACCUUCUACUAGUAUGACGAUACUGAAUUCGGCUAAGGAACACGCAGGGUGAUGUUAAGCAAACGAGUUUUUUUUUCUCAUGAGAAUUGGCAGGUAUUUAUUCCUUAAGACUCUGCAGACAGGCCAGCUUGGAUUCCUGUUCAGGGAGUGCAUUCCACAAUCCAGCAAUAAUUUUCAGUUUCUCCAGUGAAUAGACAGUGAAGGAAUUGACUUUUUUGUCCUCCCAUGGUAAAAAAAAAGAAAAAAAAAAAGAAAGAAAGAAAAAAUAGCCCUACUGUGUUCCCUCAUAUCUUACUGUACUUUUGACUACUUUCUUCUCCUCUCUGGUGUUCUGCCUUCGGUUUCUAAAGUGAGUCUUCCUGUUCUCCUAUGCAACUUCGCACUUUCUCGCUAGAACUCGUUCUGCAGACACAGCUUCUUCCCCUAAUCCACUUGCCUGGGUCGGUGUUCUUCCCUUCCAGUCCCCGCUCCGGCCUCCCACUGCUCUGAGUUGGAGGAGGAAGGACUGUGGGUGUGAGUCCCGUGGGGUGUCCUGCGGCCGGCCCCCUCCUGCCCGCAAGGGUCGGCCUGGCUUCUAAAUAAUUCUGAACAAUCACUCAGGCUUCCACCUCUGGACAGUGGCACCUCUGUGCCCAAGCUCCGCUGGAUGCGCCCCGAGGAGAUCCGGGUAACUUCGAGCGGCCGACGGGGCGCUCUGCUGCCCGGGUCCCCAGGAAUCUGGGGUUUGGCGGCAUUAACAAGCCUCGCUCUGCCCCCCACAUGAGCCUGCUACAGCCCCCACUGCGGCUGCUGUCCGGGGCGACGUCCACACGGGAACCACCUUCCCCGGGGCCGCUCCACCUCUGAUGGGCGCCAAGCCCAUGUGGACAAGACCUGAACGUGGCAGGACAGCCUUCUCUCGGGAGUGUCUCCUCCCAUCUUGCACACCAGCCAAGCACGUAGCCGUGGCCCUGGCCAGGGGGCAAGGGGACAUGGCCGUCCCAAGCUGCUAGUCUGCCCGAGCUGUCACCACUGUCACCGCGGCCGCGGGCACGGCCUUACAGACGGUGCUUCCUCUCCCGUGCGUGGACCCUCACCCACAGGCCAACCGCCCGCUUCUCGCCCUGUGCUCAGCCUUCACCCUCCACCCCAGCUUCCCUGACCGCUCCGACCAACCGUGGCAGUCAUGUCGCGUCAGCCCACCUGGAUGCCUCUCCUGCAGGUGGGGAUGCAGGUGCCAACAGCAAGGAGUCCUGACCGCCCACGGCAGCCCGGGGCCGCGCCCACGCUCCCCCUGGUUUCACUCCUCAGGGUGAAGUCUCAGGAAGGGAGGGAGUGACAACCACGAGGCAGUGAUCUCCUUUUGUAAUUACUGUCAAAGCUCUUAUGAAUUCCUGGGCCCCACAGCGGUUCUGACGUAACCUCUGUGCUCGCAUGAGUUAGGCGUGUUGGGCAAGAGAAAGUGGCUAUGCCUGAUAAAUAAAUUAAGCUGCUGUUUGGGUUUAGUUUUAGGUUGAAAUCGCCUUUUGGGGAUUGCAGCCAGGAAUGAUGGGGGCUGUGCAUCUAAAUUUAUUAACUUUAUAUUAAGUGGGAUUUUGCAAGUUUGUGGGAUAAUUAGAUAAACUAGAGGAGGCAAGUCCACCCAUGGGGUAGGGGACUCUCUUCCCUUUGUCCCCCCACCCCUCCUCCCCCAGGAAGUGGCGGCGGGCCUGGCCGGGACCAGUUCUCCCACCUGCUUGCAAGCCCCACGUGCGGAGGCUUCAUGGCAGCGGAUGGUUCCUCGUAUUAACUACUGAGUCAGGCGUCGGGCCCCCCCAGCACAGGGUUAGCCCCCCAGCAGAACACACAGCUCCAUCAGCCUGGUAGUGUAAACGGUCUCUUUCCAAAGUUGGGAUUUGUAAAGGGAUCAUCUUGAAUCAAAAGUUUGCCAUGCUUGUCAUUUAGAAGCUUUCCAUUACAUUACUGGGUGAGGUUUAUCUUUUCACAAGUGAAAAAACAAAAACGAAAAAACAAACUGUAAUUAUGAAAUCUCAGAGCAUCGUCGAACUUUUUCCUAAAGGACUAUAGGCUCCAGCGCCAAGCUGACACGUCUUUGCCUCUUCUUGUGAGCAAGAAGUAGACACAGAGGUAUUUGAAAGCAGGAAUGUUAUGAGUCAUCCUUGAGUGUUCUGAAUAAACAUUACUUAGAAACAGACAAGCAACUUGGGAUUCAAACUGAUGUUUCCGUCCUUUUUAAAGAGACACUGUCCCGACCAGCCUUCCUGGCCUGACUCUCUGACCCCGGGCAUGAGCCCCCAUCAGCAGUGACCCUGAUGAGACGCCGUGGCUGUGGCCUUUGGGGUGAUGGAAACCGUACCCCUCUCCAGCUCCUUGCAACGUUUGCACUACUUUCUGGCUCUUGCCCUCUCACUCAGCUCGGGUUGUGAAACUUGGCAGAAAAAUAGCACAAGGAAAAACCCAUAUCUGACUUUCAAACACUGAAAAGUUCCCAAGCGACUUCUACUCUCAGCUACCUAGGAGAAGUCACCCCUUUUUACCGACGAGCCAGUCAGACCCCACGUCCACUGCAGCCUGACCUCAUGGACGCUUUUCCACCCAGCGAAGCCUGGUCCACUGCACCCCCAUGGGCAGCAGAGUCCAAGGAACUGAAGUUUGAAUGAAGCCUUUCAUCCCAUUGGCUGUUUCAUGUGCAUUAACCUCCCAAGAUUGCUUAAUGCUAGAAUUGACAGAUGCUUAUCACCACCUCUGGACCCCACAUUUUUACCAGAAUGUUAUUUAUGUCCCUCCUGAGUCAUUCUAAUUUGGAGAAAUUAGGAUCUUUGCUGCUAAUAUGAGCACUAAUUAUAUUCAUACCUUAAAAACAAGAAUAAAGCCUAAAGAAAGUAAAUGUGAGAAGUUUUCAUUCCUACCCCUAGUCACAUUUGGGAGGGGACAACUUCUGUGUCACCCACCCCUAGGGGUUGUGGUUGAUUUUUAAUUUUCUAGGAAGACAGAAUACUGGACUACCCAAACAGAUGUUGCUCGAGCCCCCAUGGAACUAUGCAUGUAAAAGCCGUUUUCUACCUGAAAAUAGAAAUCAGAGUGUAGCCUGUUAACUUAUAUUUUUAGUGACUAAGCUUAAAACAGAGUUUUAGAUAAGUCUAGAGCUUUGAGCAGAUUGUUCUAAUGGUUGUGUUAUCUGUCAGGUUAUGAAAAGAAUGACAAAAACAUCUUGAUCAGGAAAUUUGGUCCUGUGCAUGAAUCAUGUCAUGGCUAGCGGCUGCCAAAUAGUGGCCCUGGUCUCGACAUAAUGGUUUUCUGACUUAAGCAUUAGAGGUAUAGCACAUUAAGAGAAUUCUAUUAGUUUGGGGAACUGAGAAGUAAAUACAUCAUAGUUUAUCAUUUGCCAAGGUCAGCAGACAGCAUACGGUUUUGCUGCUUGCACCCAGCACCGUUGGUGACCACUAGUUAAACCAGGAGGCUUCAUCUAGCCCCCCCCCCGGGAGGGGGGGUAAACCCCAGAGAGAGACCGCUAGGUUGACUUUCACAGUCAUUGUCUAUCAGACCAUUCAACUCACACUCAGCCCUAAUUGCCAGGUCAGUCAUCGGUUAAGAGGGGGAAAGAGAACUUUAGAUGAAAACUACCAGGUACUGCUGGCCUUAAGACAGCAAUUCCCUGUUUCUCAUCCUGUUGGCAGGUGUGGUUGGGCCAAGACCCAUCGUGCUUCACCCAUGGAGCCAUCAGAGCCAGAGGAGAGAGUGUUCACCAAGCCUUUGACCAGGGUUUUCCUUCUGAGGUUGCAUCCACGCUACAUUAAGAGCAGGUUAAAGAUGAGGAGUGAUGAGGUACCAGUCUCUCCUGCAGUAUGGCAUUGGUUUACGAUGCAUAAAGAAACCACAACAGACUUACACGGUUUUAAGCAAGUCUUUACAAUGCAAUACUUGUUCUUUGUCUAAGAUUCAAAUAAAGAAUUUUUAAGCUUG